AUAAACUUACAAAACAAUUGUUACAACUCCAUAUAGCUAAUACCUGAACUAAACCAAAUUAAUUAACCCUCUCAUCUCUCUGUUUAUAUUCUUAAUUAGUCUUUUUUAGAGUUCCCACAUCGAUGGAGAUGUUAAAAUUUUCAACUAAACCUUUAAGAACACCUCAUUUUCAUAAUCAUUUCUGGGUUCCUCAAAAUUCAAGAAUUCUUGGUGUUUAUAACAAAAAGGACCGCACUUUUUCAUUUACUCGUACUUGUAAGCUCAAGACUUCAAAAGGGAAGAAAACGAUCAAGAAAAAGAUUGUUCCUGGCAAUAUUUCUUCGCCGGACUCCGGCGGAGCGCCGCCGCUUUUGGAGCGGAAGAAGGCGGCGGAAGGAACCACUAGGAUUAAUAAUGCGGAUGGUAAAGUGGUGUUUAAGAAAGUGCACAAAAGGGUAUUGGGAGUUCUCUCUAAUUUGCCUUUGGUAAUUGGUGAGAUGUUUGCUGCUGCUGGUUUAAUGGCCUUAGGAACUAUCAUUGACAAAGGCGAGGUUCCAGAAUUUUACUUUCAGAAUUUUUCUGAAUUUACCCUUGGCCUUGAUCACAUGUUCUCGUCCCCUAUUUUCCUGGGGUCGUUGGCGAUACUAGGUGCAUCAUUGAUGGUUUGCACAAACACAACACAAAUUCCCCUUCUGAAGGUAGCAAGAAGGCAGCCUUUCUUGAAUUCAGCUGAGCCACUUCAAAUGCAAGAAGAUGCAGACACUCUGCCAAGAACAUCGGUUAAAGACUCGGCUGUCAAACCGCUAGAAGUUGGAUAUGAGGUAUUCUUAAAAGGGCCAUCUCUUCAAGCAUUUAAGGGGUUGGCAAGUCGACUUGCUUCAACUGUAGUACAUUUCGCGCUGCUGCUUGCAGUGUCUGGAGGAGGAACUCUCAGUGCAGCAGACAGUUUUGGAGGGGAUGUAAUUGCACCGCAAUGGGUUCUAUCGACUCUUUCUGAUGCUUUUAGUACUAAGGUUCAUGUCAAUCGAUCCUACUUGGACUACGAUGAAAGCGGAGAGGUCUCAAAGUUUCAUACUGAUAUUUCCCUAUUUGACCUUAACGGAAAGGAAGUACUGAGGAAAACCAUAAGUGUCAAUGAUCCCUUAAGAUCAAUACAAGCUGGUGAUCUGCAAUCAACUAUUCUUAACGAUAAAGAAGGGGAAUUUGCUGGAGUUAGACAACCGAACUCAAAGCUUCAAAUUGAGAUUGAUGGAACAAAAAUUGUCACUGUGGACGCAAUUGGUAGUACCAGCCUGGACCUAAAGACUGAUCCAGGAGUACUAAUAGUCUACGCUGGUUUUGGUUCUCUAAUGCUUACAACUUGCAUUAGUUAUUUGUCACAUGCACAGCUCUCAGCCUUACAAGAUGGAAAAACUGAGGUGGUUGGUGGUAAGAAUAAUCAAGCCAAGGGCGAUUUUCCGGACACUGACGAUCGCUGCUUCGUCGAUCAAGUCCCUGAGUUAGUUGAAUCAUAUUCUUCUACAGAAGAAUCUGAUAGUUUCAUUGGCUUCAGAAUUCAAGUUGGAAUUUGGAACAAGAAAGAUUUUUGAUAUGCAAGUAGCUGAUGUUAGUACACCAGAAUGAGAAUGCAGAAGUCAAAAGAAUUGAUCACAAAAUCUUGAGUUGAUAAAGACACUGAUUUUGGAUUUAAUUCAUUUUCAUGAUAGGACAAGUUAUAGAUCAAAUUCUUGACCAAUGUAAAGUUAGUAGUACUAGUCAUUCUCAUUAGUUUUGGUGGUUGAUAUUGGUAGUUAGGGGUAUUACAGGUGUAUAUAUUAAAUCAGUAUGUAUAGGAUUAGGACCCUUUUACAUUUCUAAAAGUGUUUUUUUGCCUUAAAUAGAAAGAGUGUAUAUGUACACGUAAAUGGUAGUAAUAUUUGUUUGUACAGA